ACUCCUGUCUCUUUCCUGGCACCACUUUUAGAGAGAGAAAGUUUGAGUGAUGAUUCUUUAAUGGGCGAAACACACACCACAUAGUUUAUUUUUCCCCUCAAUUUGUUUCCCCAGAAUAGUUUUUUUUUUUUUAAUUGUUUUUUUGGGCAAAUUGCAGCUCCGUUUUUGGGUGCUUUUCUGCUUUCCUGCUUUCCUUUUAUAGCUUGUUUGACAGCAAAAGAAAAAAAAAAAGGUUUUUAAAUCAUUUUGCCAAUACUCCUCUUUUGGGUUACUCUCAGCUAUGAAUCCUUGCCUUCCUGAGUGGAAUAUUGAGGCUGAAGUCCCUCUUGCAAACCAGAAGAAGCCUGUGGGAUUAGACCAUGACCUGGUGGAGCUGUUAUGGAGGAAUGGGCAGGUUGUGUUGCACAGCCAGACACACAGGAAAUCUGGGUUUGAGGGUAAUGAAAGCAGGCAGCUUCAGAAACAUGAUCAAUCAAGUUUAAGGGAUGUUAGUCUCUUUGGGAAUCCAUCCAGUUUUAUUCAAGAUGAUGAGACAGCUUCUUGGCUUAAUUGUCCUGUUGAUGAUUCUUUUGAGAAAGAGUUCUGUGCUCCUUUUUUGUCUGAGAUUCCACCAGUUCAUCAUCCUGUUGGCACAGAUAAAGGAGGGAUCAGACAAGUGGAGGACAGUAAAAUUUUUAAGGUUGGUUCAUCUGAAGUCAGCCAUAGCCAUGUCCAUUCUGGUGUCAAUCUGAAUCCUAUGCCACCUCCUGGAACUCAGACCUUGAGUUCUUUGCAUCAGCAUCAGCGCCGCGACUGUAACUUCCCUGAAGGCGGCGGUGUCAGUUUUGGGGCGUCUCUCAAGGCGAACAACCUUAGGUCAUCAAAUGGACAAUUUGGUGCAAAGGGGCAUGGAGAUAUAAGAGAGUGUUCAGGAAUGACAGUUGGAUCAAGCCACUGUGGCAGCAAUCAGGUUGCCAUUGAUGCAGCUUUUAGCAGGAAUUCUUGCAGUGGGAAUGGUGGCGAUAGGGGUUUAUCAGCAGCGGUGAACAAGGACCGUGUUGAGAAAGUACGCGUAAGUCCUCAAACUGAGACAGCAGAAGAAGAAACCGCUGUCACAUCAUCAUCUGGCAGAUCAGGCAGCAGCUUUGCCAGAACAUGCAAUCAAUCAGCAGGUACCAUUAGCCAUGGCCAAAAAAGAAAAGUCCGGGAUGGAGAAGAAUCAGAAUGCCAGCGCGAAGAAGCUGCUGAGUUUGAAUCUGGCAAUGGAACCAAGUCGACCCAAAAGUCUGGAACCCCUCGCAGGAGUCGUGCAGCUGAGGUGCAUAACCUCUCUGAAAGGAGGCGACGAGAUAGAAUCAAUGAGAAGAUGAGGGCCUUGCAAGAGCUUCUCCCUCACUCCAAUAAGACAGAUAAAGCUUCAAUGCUAGAUGAGGCUAUUGAAUACUUGAAGUCCCUUCAACUGCAACUUCAGAUGAUGUGGAUGGGAAGCGGAAUGGCAUCAAUGAUGUUCCCGGGCAUGCAACACUACAUGUCACGGAUGGGAAUGGGAAUGGUCCCGCCAGCGCUACCUAAUAUGCACUCUACAAUGCAUUUACCGAGGCCUCCUAUGGUCGAUCAUGCUGCAGCUACUAUGGCUUCCACACAGAACCAAGCAGCGUUGUGCCAGAAUUCGAUGUUGAAUCCUAUCAACUAUCAGAAUCAAUUGCAAAACCCCAAUUUCGCAGAGCAAUUUGCUAGUUACAUGGGUUUCCACCCUAUGCAAAAUCCUUCCCAGGCCGUAAACAUGUUUAACUUGGGCUCACACGCAUCUCAACCGAACUCAAUGUUCAAUCCACCUACCAAUGGCAACGGACCCUCGUCUUGAUGAGCAUUAGCUACCACAGAGCCUAAGUGGAAUAUGCUCAUUAAAGACUACCACUGUAGGAUAGGGAAAGCCAACUGCUCUCUCAAAUGGAUGAAAGGAACAGAGUGCAGUGCCUCUACCAUAGGUAUGACCUCGAACCAAAUUCCGUGACACAUUCAAGAUAUGUCAUCCAGUGCAUGUCAAUGAAGCAGCUGUUGCACUACGCGCUAUUCUUUUUAAUCUGUCAUGUCAAGUGAUUAGUGAUAGGUUAAUAUUUUUCUCGUCCUGUGAAAUAUAUGUUCUUAUUACGAGUCAGAUCGAGUUAUUGUAUAUAAUUCUUAUUCCUUUUACUGGAAAGAAGAUAAAUAGAGGGGCCAUGGGGCAUUCUGUUCCUGAGUACACAAUAUCAUCAUUUCAAAA